GAGACGCCGGAGCAGAAGAGGGAGGAUGGGACCCCGGUGCUCGUAUCAGGACUGAUUCUGGUCCGUGUGGCACGUUGAGAGCUCCUUUUCGACCCGUUUUCCAAGUCCUUUCUCCCGGAUCAGAGUCACGUUGUUCCUCCGUGGAAACACAAUGGGCUGCUGCAGCGGACGAUGCACUCUCAUCUUUAUCUGCACUUUACAGCUGGUGUUGGCUUUAGAGAGACAGGUCUUUGACUUCCUGGGUUACCAAUGGGCCCCGAUCCUCGCCAACUUCUUCCACAUCAUCAUGGUCAUCCUCGGCCUCUUUGGCACCAUCCAGUACCGGCCGCGCUACAUCGUGGCGUAUACAGUAUGGGCCGCUCUGUGGGUGGCCUGGAACGUCUUCAUCAUCUGCUUCUACCUGGACGUAGGAGGACUGUCCAAGGACAGUGACCUGCUGACGUUCAACAUCUCCGCCCAUCACUCCUGGUGGAGCGAGCACGGGCCGGGCUGCGUGAGGAGAGAGAUGCCCGAGGCCCCGGGGGUCCGCCCCACGGAGAGCCACUCCUACAUCACGGUGAUGGGCUGCCUCAUGGACUACCAGUACAUCGAGGUCGUGCACAGCGGCACGCAGAUCCUCGUCGCUCUCCUGGGCUUCGUGUACGCCUGUUAUGUCGUCAGCGCCAUCACGGAGGAGGAGGACAGCUUUGAUUUUAUUGGUGGAUUUGACCCAUUCCCUCUCUACCAUGUCAAUGAGAAACCAUCUCAUCUCCUCUUAAAGCCCAUGUACCUGUCUCCGUAAAUGAGAGAGAGGGCGUCCGGCAGCGAGGUGACACGGCAAAAUUUCCCACGGAGAAAAUAAAAAAAUGGCUGUUUUGACACAAACAUCCACCCUCUGUUCACUGGGGUGGUGGGGUGGGGGGGGGACGGCAGACAUUCCUCCCCUUCUUGAUUUCAGAACACCGUUUACUGGUGUGCU